UUCGACUCUCCCGGAACAUUUGGCCAUCCGACACCCGAGAACCGGUCCACGUUUACGUUUGCAUAUCCAUCGCCCCCACCCCCUCUGCCCCCCUUGAACCACCCGGCUUUGUCAUCCUGCCUCAAGGACAAGAAUGUUAAUAAUAUUACUCCCACAGUAGGUUUCGCAGACCGAUCCAACUCAUUUCCCAAACGCUCAUCGCUGAUCCCGUCUGGCAUUGCUGAUGAUUUCUUCGCAUCGCUGUCAAUGAAAUUUGGCCGAUCUGUCCGACACUCUGCAAGCCUCCCAGAGGUGCAGGAUAUCUUCCCUUCUUCCUCGGAAGAGCAGCCUGCCCGCGUGCGAACAAUGUCUGACAAACUUGAAGCACGACCCCGUCGACGCAACAGUGCCUCUUGGAGUGCACAGCAAGCUACAGAAGGUGUGAACUCAUCUUCAAACACCGCAUGGCCCGCAGAGGUAUCGCGCGAAAUGCUGCGGCUUUCGUUGGGUGAAGGGCUUGAUCUCGUCAAUUGGCCGUCUGCAUCCCAAAGUGGUGUCUCGGGU